AUGGCUUUGCCCGAUCUUGAUGAUCAUUUGGCAGAAAAUGGCGUUGACCCUGCUCUGUCAUCCCAUUUGAUUUCGAGUGACCCACCUGCGAUCAGAUAUGGCUUCCCUCCUUCAGCCUCGGCCGAAGAUAUCAGUUCGCCCACCUUCCACAUCCAGCUCUACAGUGGCCCCAGCUUCUGCCAAAGGCGUGUGGACAGCCACACAGCGCAUUUGAUCAUCAGCAACAACCUCACUGCACCUGAAUUGACAGCACAUUACUGGCAGUUCGACAUCAAGCUGUCACUUGCACAGCGGAUUUACAUCAAGUUUAUUCAUCUACACGCAGGACUUGGCUGCGAGUUCGCGAUCCUUCCUCAGUUCGCAGAUCAUUAA